AUGGGCACUAUAGUCACCCGCGCAUUGGGUAAGAAUGGACCUCAAGUUCCUCGCCUCGGCCUCGGCCUCAUGGGCUUGAGCGGACACUAUGGCCUGCCCGCUCCAGACGAAGAGCGCCUGGCCUUUUUGGACAAGGCAUAUGAGAUGGGCGAGAGAUUCUGGGACACGGCCGACAUGUAUGGUGACUGCGAGGACUUGCUGGGAAAGUGGUUCGCCGCCAACCCCGGAAAGCGUGACAACAUCUUUCUCUCCACAAAGUUCGGCAUCAAAGUAGAAGGCAUGAGCAUCAAUGUUGACUCGUCUCCGGAAUACUGCCGACAGGCCAUCGAAAAGUCGUUGAAGCGACUCGGGCUGCCGUUUGUCAACCUGCUCUAUGUUCAUCAUCUCGACAAGGUCACGCCGAUUGAAAAGACGAUAAAGACCAUGGUUGAACUCAAGAAUGAGGGAAAGAUUCAGCAUUUUGGUCUGAGCGAAUGCAGCGCUGAGACUCUCCGCCGUGCUUCUGCGAUCCACCCCAUCACAUGUGUCCAAAUGGAGUAUAAUCCGUUCACCGUGGAGAUUGAAUCACCUCAGCGUCGCUUCUUAGAGACUGCGCGAGAACUCGGUAUCGCUGUGGUCGCAUAUAGCCCUCUUGGUAGAGGUCUUCUUACUGGAGCCAUCCAAUCGAAAGAGGACAUUACCAAGGCGGGUGACAUGCGAGCCAGGCUGCCUCGAUUCAACGGCGACAAUCUCGACAAGAACCUAGCAAUCGUCGCCAAGAUCAACGAAAUCGCAAAGUCAAAGGGUGUUACUCCCGCCCAGCUGACCCUGGCCUGGCUUCUUGCGCAAGGUGACGACAUCUUUGCUAUUCCAGGUACAACGGAACCACACAGGCUUAGGGAGAACCUCGCAGCCAUGAGCAUCAGCUUGAGCACAGAAGAAGAGCAGGCGAUUCGCAAUGUUGGAAACGAAGUCAUUGGUCCCCGAAUCCCUGAGAACUUUCCCGGGUUGAACCUGUUUGGCGACACUCCGCCGCUCGAGGCAUAG